GAGAAAGAAAAAAAAAUCAAAAGGAAGAAAAUUUUUGAAUUUUCGCGAAUUGUCCCGUAGAUUUAAGUAGAAUUCGUCGCAAAGUCAGGCAAAUUGUUCGUAAUGGAAGUCGCAAAGUCAGAUGCGGUGCAGGCGCCCGAGAUGAAACAAAAGAAAAAACCAAAAAAGAAAAAAAAUUCUAAAGGCAAAAACAUCGAGGAGGAAAAAUGCACGGAAAACGGAGUCUCGGAGCACACAGAGCCGAGCGCUUUGACGGAAAACAUCGACAAACUCAGUCUAAAGGUUGCGCAAGAACAACCAUCGGCACCACCGAAACAAGUCAAUGGCGUAAAAAAGCACAAAGAAGCCCUGAAUUCAUCGCCAACGAGCACGCAGGAACAAGUCACAGAGCCCCAAACACAAGAGAACAAACCAAAAAUCGAAUAUAAGGAAUACGAGUCGGAGCUACAGAUGCCCGACAUUAUGCAACUCAUACAAAACGACCUUUCGGAACCGUACUCCAUCUACACGUAUCGCUAUUUCAUCCAUAACUGGCCAAAGUUGUGUUUUCUCGCGAUGCACGAAGACAAAUGUGUGGGAGCGAUCGUUUGCAAACUCGAUGUUCAUAAAAUGGUUCGACGGGGAUACAUUGCGAUGCUUGCUGUCGACAAGGAUUAUCGAAAACUCAAAAUUGGCACGACGCUCGUGCAAAAAGCCAUCGAGGCAAUUUUACGUGACAAUGCCGACGAAGUUGUGCUCGAGACUGAAAUUACGAAUCGACCUGCAUUAAGAUUAUACGAAAAUUUAGGUUUCGUACGUGACAAGAGACUUUUUCACUACUACUUGAAUGGAGUCGAUGCUUUGCGACUUAAGCUUUGGUUUAGAUAAGCAAUAAACUUAAGAUAAGACGACAAAUUUCUAGUUUAACGAUCCCGAUGUCAAGUCAUUCAACCACAAAUCAAAUAAAAUG